AUGAAAUUCGGUGGACUGGAAAUCUUGAGCGUGCAUUUAACGCAAUAUCUACUCAAAAACGAUUGUUUAAUUCAUUGUGUAACAAACAUGUUGUUUAAAAGUUCCAAAUUCGACUGUUGGAUAGCUUAAGAUUCUGUCGUUUUGAAAUACUUACUAAUGAACUAUAGCCAGCAAAUCGUCAAGAAGGACGAACGCAAAAAGGAUGGCAUACCAAAGCAAGUUCAAAAGAAGAGUCCAGAGAAAAACAUGUCCGAAAUAGAUGAGCACAUUUUAAAGAGAUUUGAUAUUAAAAAAAGACUGGGUAAAGGUGCGUAUGGAAUCGUUUGGAAGGCUGCAGAUAAGAAAACAAAGGAUGUGGUCGCUAUUAAAAAAAUAUUUGACGCCUUCCGUAAUCAGACUGAUGCGCAGAGAACGUUCAGGGAGAUCAUAUUUCUACAGUCAUUCCGCAAUCAUCCCAAUAUUGUGAAGUUGCACAGUAUUCAUAGAGCAUUGAACAACCGCGAUAUCUACCUCGGUUUCGAAUAUAUGGAGACAGAUUUGCACAAUGUGAUAAAGCGCGGGAACAUACUCAAAGACAUACACAAGCGGUACAUUAUGUACCAGAUGUUGAAAGCAACAAAGUACAUACAUUCCGGCAACGUAAUACACAGAGAUCAGAAGCCUAGUAAUGUUCUUAUAGACAGCGCUUGCAGGGUGAAGCUGGCUGACUUUGGACUGGCUCGGUCUGUGUCCAGUAUGUACUCGGGUGGGGAAGACGGAGCCGACCCCUGUUUAACUGACUACGUCGCGACCAGGUGGUAUCGCGCGCCGGAGAUACUUAUCGCUAGCAAGAACUACACAAAAGGUAUCGACAUGUGGUCACUCGGUUGCAUAUUGGGGGAAAUGCUAAUCGGAAAACCGCUAUUUCCUGGAACUUCUACCGUCAACCAGAUAGAACGGAUUAUGGCGACUCUACCCAAACCAUCAUCUGAAGAUAUAUCAGCGGUAUGUAGCGGCUAUGGCUCCUCAUUAAUCAGGGAACAGGCGGCGUCAGCUAAUGGUGGAACCUCGCUCGCCGCCAUGCUGUCUUGUGCUCCACGCGAUGCAGCCGACCUGGUCCAGAGGCUUCUAGUCUUCAAUCCAGCUAAAAGACUUAGUGCUGAAAGGGCAUUGGACCAUGAAUAUGUUGGGAAAUUCCACCGUGUGCGAGACGAGCCGACCCUACCAUCAGAUGUGCUGUUACCACUCAGAGACGACAAACAAGUGUCCGUAGAUGACUAUAGGAACAAGCUAUACAGCAUCAUGGCUAAAGGAUCCAAUUCAAACGGCCAAUUGAAGAAGAUGCACGCCAGCAAAUCCCAUCCCCCACCUUCAACCGCCAACAAAAGCACCAAGUCCACCCAUGAAGCAGAAAAAUAUAAUCCGAAGACGGUCUCAGCCGACCAGAAAACACGCGCUAAGAAGCCACUCAAGGAGUAUAGGUCAGAACAGAUCAUUAACAAGCCCAUUCGAGCCACGAAAGUUUAUAACCACGAGUGGCUCGAAACGAGCUGUCAAGGGGAUUACUUCCAGCCAGUAUCUCGCCAGAGUCCAUCAGAUCAAGGCUUCAUGAGCGGAAAGAAGAUGCAACAAAGGAGGAACUCUACGUCAUUCUCGACGGUUACCAUAGGCGGUGAUGCAGAUUAUGGACUCAGGAAUCAGAGACAUGGGGUCAUCACGGCCAGUGCGUUGAUGGAUCUCCGUACAAGCAUACGAUGAGGUAGAGGUCAGUGUAUUGGGAUGAAUCUCAGUGUAAUAGGCCAGGAGCUGAUGACAUUUUUUUUGCAGGUAUUCAAUUCGAUUUUUCACUUGUUCACAUUCUGUAUGGAAAUUAUUUUAUACAUGGACAUGUUGUCAUUACAGUAUGUGUAUUUUUCAUGUUUUCAGAUUGAUCUUUUAUAUACACCAACUUUUGUACUUAUAUAGUAGCUUGUCUUGCACCAGUUCUCUGGCUAUUAAAUCUGUAAUUACUGAAGUCUGCAUAAUGUCAAAUGUGACAAUUCUUUUUAUUAAUAUCAGCACUUUGUUUUUGAAAAUUUAAGUGUUUUACUGACAAACAUAACACUUAACAUUAUUAUAAUUAAUGUCAAGAUAUAGAUGCAACUGCGUCUAAUAUGCCUGAAAAUAUAUCUUCACGACUUGUUUAUUAUGUGGGGUAGUCAGAGGCAUUUGUCAACUAUCGAAAUAAUAACACAUAACCUUACGCAUUUCGCAGAGGAUGUUUUUCAAAAUGGCAGGAAAU